ACGACCGCGCUUCCCAUGACUGACGCUUGCGCCGUGCCGUUCUACAGUUCUACUCCCGUGAAAGUACGGUUCUUUCACUGUCGUAAACCUGUCCGCUUCUGACGAAUAUCGUCGUGCGCAUCGAAAUAUCAUCGUUUUCGUGUUGUACGAAAUAUUCGUGUUUGUCCCUCGUCUACGUGCUGGUAUCUGUGCGAGACUAAUCGCGUCGAACGCCGGUGACAAUUUUGGACAGGCAGGACUGCACACAGCUACGUACAUACAUACAUAUAUAUAUAUAUUAUAUAUAUAUACGUAUACACUUAACACACAUACAGACAGUGUAAUUAAUCCAUUAUCGUGUUCUACAACUUCAUGCACCAGCAUGACUGACUAUUCAGCGGUUGCUCCGCCUCAAAACUUCAGUCAAAGCACCGCAUUUGCGGCGGCACUUCAGCGUGCCAAACAGAUUGCUGCAAAAAUAAAUCCAGGUGGUGCAAAUAAUCAAGAUUCCAAGUUGAAACGUCCUCUAGAAGAUAGUUCAGAACCCGAAGCAAAGAAAAUGGCAUCGUUGGUAGCAGAUCCUUUGAUAGGCAUUCGUGGAGGACCUACAGGUUCUAUUGGUGAUUCAAAUAGUCAAGGAUCUAGACCAGUUUCUUCCAGUGUAGGUGGUAUAUGUAACGAAGAUAUCAGAGUUCCAGACAAAAUGGUUGGUUUAAUAAUUGGCAGAGGUGGAGAACAAAUAACGAGAUUGCAAAGCGAAACAGGAUGUAAGAUACAAAUGGCACCAGAAAGUGGUGGACUGCCUGAGCGUGUUUGUACGCUAACUGGUUCCAGAGAAGCUGUCAAUCGCGCAAAGGAACUUGUAUUGUCAAUAGUAAAUCAAAGAAGCAGAAGUGAGGGAAUUGGUGAUCUGACUUUGAGUGGCAGCAGUGCUAGUUCUAGCAGUGGAGGAAUGAUGGGACACCCAGGAUUUGUUGAGAUAAUGAUUCCAGGUCCUAAAGUUGGUCUGAUAAUUGGCAAAGGAGGAGAAACUAUAAAACAACUUCAAGAAAAGUCUGGAGCUAAAAUGGUUGUUAUUCAGGAGGGACCAUCUCAGGAACAAGAAAAGCCAUUGAGAAUAACAGGAGAUCCUCAGAAGGUUGAAUAUGCAAAACAAUUAGUUUAUGAGUUAAUAGCUGAAAAAGAAAUGCAAAUGUUCCAUAGAGGAGGAAGAAGUACAGAUAGAACAGGAAAUUAUUCUAAUGAUAGUGGAUUUAAUCAUGGUCCUGCAAAUAGUGAUGGAGUAGAGGUACUCGUUCCAAGAGCAGCAGUUGGUGUUGUUAUUGGUAAAGGUGGAGAUAUGAUAAAAAAGAUUCAAGCAGAAAGUGGAGCUAAAGUUCAAUUUCAACAAGGAAGAGAAGAUGGCCCUGGUGAUAGAAAAUGUUUAUUAUCAGGAAAGCAUCAAGCUGUUGAGCAGGCUCGUCAGCGAAUUCAAGAGUUAAUUGACAGUGUUAUGAGAAGAGAUGAUGGUAGAAAUAACAUGGGAGGCAGAGGUGGUUUAAGAGGUAAUGGUUUUGGUGGUAAUCGCAAUCCAAAUGAGUAUGGAAGUUGGGAUAGGCGACAAGGAGGUCCUAUGCAAGAUAAAAUUGAAACGACGUUCACUGUUCCGUCUUCUAAAUGCGGAAUUAUAAUUGGCAAAGGUGGCGAGACUAUCAAACAGAUCAAUCAACAGACAGGAGCGCAUUGUGAAUUAGAUAGAAGGAAUCAAAGUAAUGAAAAUGAAAAAAUCUUCAUUAUUCGGGGAAAUCCCGAGCAAGUUGAGCACGCAAAGAGAAUAUUUAACGAAAAAUUAGGCAUGGGCCCAGCUGGUUCUUCAUACGCUGGAGCACAAGGAGCAGUUGGAUAUAAUCCAAAUUGGAAUACAGGCUAUCAAGCAUGGCCAAGUCAACCGCAAUCCAAUGACGGAAGCAAUGCUAAUCAAGGUCCUGUCACAGUCAAUCCACAGACUGGUCAACCAGAUUAUAGCGCUCAAUGGGCUGAGUAUUAUCGGUCAUUAGGUAUGCAUAGAGAAGCGGACAUGAUUGAACAACAGGCAAAACAAGGAAAGCAAGAUCAUAAUCAGCAAGGAGGCAAUUCGCAAAAUCAGUCUAAUCCAGCGACGACGGGUUCUGCCGGACCAAACCAACAGCAGCAACAGCAACAAUCUCAGCAACAACAGCAGGCGGGUGCCGCGCAAAAUGGAGGUCAGGCCGAUUAUAGUGUCCAGUGGGCGGAAUAUUAUAGAAGCAUCGGCAAAAUUAAAGAAGCCGAAGCGAUAGAAGCUCAAAUGAAGGCGGGCAAGCUCGGACUGCAAGGGAAUCAAAUGGCUCAACAACAAAUGCAGACACUACAGGGACAGUCGGCUGGCCCACCAGGUACCACACCCAACGCAUUUCCUCAAACUUAUGGAAGUUAUCCAUCGAUGAAUGCCGGCUCUGCACCAGGUGGUUAUUAUGCAGCGAAUGCUGGAUCUAAUUCUCAACCACAAACGGGACAGCAAAAUCCUUCUUUCCCAUCAGGGUAUCAGAAUUACCCUUACUCACAGACUACUUCUGAGAAUUAAGCUUCCAUUUGAGAGAAAAAGGCAAGCUAUAGUUUUCAGAUAGCUUUCCAUCGGGAUGCGGUUAAUACCUGCUAUAUCUCCAUAUAACUUUUAUCAUAAAUAGUUGCUUCAUAAUCUUCAUAUAUCUUUGAGAAUGUCAUUGAAAAAUCGAUUAUAUUCUGUUUAUACUAUAAUACGUUUCAUGUGUUUUUUAUAUAUAUACAUAUACAUAUAUAGUAGGAUAUCCAUCGUUCUAAGUUUAAGUAACAAAAAAAAAAAAUAUCAAACAACAAGUUUGAUUGAAAAGAAGUAAUAUUAUAAUAUAGUAUCAAUAUCUGAUAUCUGUGUUCUACUUAUACUUAUUGUAUGUAUUUUUGUUCCAUAACAUGUAUUAUUGUAAUAUAAGUUGAAGCUGACAGGUGUGAAGCAGCGGAUCAGAUAGUGGGACGAGGGAUCGACAUCUGUAUCCAUUUUAUUGCAUCCUCUCUCUUUCUCUCUCAUUAAACUUGUUAAAUUAUAUAUCCUUAUAUAUGCGUUGUUAUGAACGAUACUAGCAUAUUUUGUAGCACUAUAUUGCUCAUUAUUUAUGUCUCGACAAAUAUUCAUUUACUUGAAAUACUCGUGUUUCUCAUUAUAACUACAAAUAUUUACUAAAUGCUGUAAUCAAUACAGCUACUAUAUAUA